GCCGGUGCCAGGGCCGCGCCCGGCCGGGCCGCAGCCCCCGCCGCCAUGGCCCGAGUCUCGGCGAUGAUCAGCCCGGUGCUGGUGCUCUUCGGCUGCGACCUGUGUUUCGUGCGAGCCAACAGGCCACCGUCCCCUGUCAACGUGACUGUGACGCAGCUGAAGGCGAACUCUGCCACAGUGUCCUGGGAUGUACCAGAAGGAGAUGUGGUCAUCGGCUAUGCCAUCCUACAGCAGAGGCAGGAUGGGCAGAUGCAGCGCUUCAUCCGGGAGGUGAACACCACCAACCGUGCCUGUGUGCUGUGGGACCUGGCAGAGGAUGCUGACUACAUCAUCCAGGUGCAGAGCAUUGGCCUGUAUGGGGAGAGCCAGGCUAGCAAGCGUGUCCACUUCCGCACCCUGAAGGAGACCGACCGCCUGCCUUCCAACAGCUCCAACCAAGGUGACAUCACCAUGGAAGGGCUGGACAAAGACCGGCAGCUGCAGACAGGCGAGAUUAUUAUCAUUGUGGCUGUGCUGCUGAUGUGGGCAGCGGUGAUCGCCCUGUUCUGCAGACAGUAUGAUAUCAUCAAGGAUAAUGACUCCAACAACAACAAGGAGAAGACAAAGCCCUCCUCAGAGCACAGCACGCCAGAGCGGCCGAGCGGAGGGCUGCUGCGGAGCAAGAAGAAAUCUCCCUCGGUCAAUAUCAUUGAGGUGUAAGUGCAACACCAGCUCUGCCGUCUGGGAUCUCGGGUGUCCUGCCAGAGCCACAGCAGGCCUUGGAAGAAGAGGCAGCACCAGGCACGCCGCCUGGAACUUAGCAUGCGACG